AUGCCCGAAGAUCCAAACCAGACGACAGAUACCGUCAGUGAUGCUCUCAAAGCGAAAUAUGCUGAAAUCGCGUCUCUCAAAAAGGCAAUAGAAGAAAAACAGGUGCGAAACUCUCAGUUUGCUCCAACUUCAGCAUAUCCUUCUGUCUCACUGGGUGGGAUGUUUCCCCCACGUAAAGGAGGUGCUAUUAGAAGUACGCGAUACGCUGUAAGAGGAAAUACUCGAGGACGUGGUUUUGGUCGUGGCGGAUACGCUUCAUUUCGUGGAGGAGCCAGAGGAGGGUUUGUUCAUCGCCAUGUUACGGCUGUAUUUGACACAUCAGGACAAAACGGGUCUGGAAGUGACUCGUCAACCGGCGACAAUGAUGAUGGAGUUUCACAUUCUCCACCUGCAGUGACGGGAUAUGUGACAAAGCAGUCCAGGGGUGGGAUGUCGUUGGUAAGUACCGACAUCUAUGCCCGAGACCAGGAGAGAUACGAGGCAAUUCAGCGAGAGAAGGAGGAACUCCAAAAGAAAAUUGCAAGACAAAAGCGUAGAGAAUUAAUGCAAAAACAGAUUUCAAAACUCAGGACGAAGACAGAUAGUUGUGACCGAGUCAAGAUCGACGGCCAGAUUUUCGCAGUUUGCAAAAGAGGUAGCAAACUCAUUCCAUUGGCAACGGCACCCGAUGAUGCUCCAUCCACGACUGAGUGGCACAACAGGACAUUUACAAGAUCAUCAAACGGUACUUUGAGAACAAAAUCC